AUGAAGAGACAAAAGGAAAAGGAUGCAACCAGUGCAUUGAAGCAAAGUGAGGUCCUAGCCCGAUGCCAAGAAGACUUGGAGAAGUGUCAACAGGAAGCUGAGAAAAGGAAAGAAGAGUUUUCCAAACAAGCAGAGGAUCUGCGGCAAUGUCGCGAGCAGUUGGAGAUGUGCAAAGAACAGGGCAAGGAGCGCACUGCCGCAGCGGUUGAAAAGCGACUGGAGGCAGAAGAUGAGUUGGAAACUCUGAAGAAAAGAUAUCAGAAGAACAUGGCCUUGGUGUCUCGCCAAGCCAAGGAAUUGGAAGACUGCCAAGAAGAGGUGGACACCUGGAAGGAGGAAGCUGCGACAAAAUCCCAGACGAUUGCAGAACAUCUCCAGGAGAUCAAGCGCGCUAGAGAUGAGUUGGAGGAGAUGAAGAGACAAAAGGAAAAGGAUGCAACCAGUGCAUUGAAGCAAAGUGAGGCGAUGGCAGCAGAUCAGUUUUGGAGAGGUCAGUGCAAGUUGUCUCAAGAGGUCCUAGCCCGAUGCCAAGAAGACUUGGAGAAGUGUCAACAGGAAGCUGAGAAAAGGAAAGAAGAGUUUUCCAAACAAGCAGAGGAGCUCAUGGAUUGCCGAGGGGAAGCAGAUCAGCUCCUUGCUACUGAGUCCAUGCUUCUGGCGGAGAGGACACAGCUGCAGAAGGAAGUGGAAGAAUACCGAGCAGAAGCUGAUCGGCUUUGUAUUGCUGAGUCGAUGCACCUGGCGGAGAAGUCUCAGAUCGAAAAGGAGCUGGAAGACUUCAUGACCAAAGCAGAUCAUCUUCGGGUGUCCGAAGCCAUGCUGCUGGCAGAGCAGUCUCAGAUGGCACAGGAGUUAGAGAACUGCAGGGUCGCAACAGCUGAGCUGAGGAAGGAAAGAGACGAUUUCCAUGCUAAAGCUGAUCAGCUCCAAGUAGCUGAAGACUGCCAUUUGGAACGACUUUCACUUGCGAACAAGGAACUUGGGAAAUUGACAGCAGAAGUCAAUCAGCUUCGAGCUGCUGAAGCGUUGCAACUAGACGAGAUUGCCCAGAUUGGCAAGGACCUGGAGAAGCACCGCGCCGAAGUUGAUCGGCUGUGCAUGGCCGAAGCCAUGCACAUGGCAGAGAAGGUGCAAAUUUCUGAGGAACGCGAUGCUUGCUAUGUCCAAGUGCAACAGCUGCGUGCCUUAUCUUUCGGCGCUUUCCUGCUCUACUUCGGGCGGAUGAAAACCAUGGCCGAGGUGGUUCGCAAGUGGAAAGAAGAAGCUGCCGAUUGUCGUGCCGAAGCUGCGUGCCUGAGAGACACCUCGCAAAUUCUGAAGGAGCUUCAGAAGUGCAGAUCAGAAAUAGAUCACCUCCAGGCACAACAUGAAACAGACAUCAUGGAGAUGAGCCAGAUAUCCAAGGAUCGAGAUGACUAUCAGUCCCUUUCCGAACAAUUUCGCGCAGCAUUCGACGAGAUGUCCAUUGUCGUAAAGGAGUUAGAUCAAUGCAGGGCCCAAGCGAACGACCUCCGGUCAGCUCAAGAAGAACAGCUCGCACAAAUCACACAGAUUUCCAAGGAGCGCGACGAAUACAGCGAAGAGAUUGCCCGAAUGCGUGGUCUGCAAGAAGAAUGCGAGGCAGAGAUGUCCCAGCUCGCUAAGGACAGACAGGCUGCUUCCAGCUUCACAUGA